GAAACGUUGUGGACAUUUCCUUGUGAUGGCUGCGCAAGCCUUUCGGUCGUUGGCGCGGCAGCGGCGUUCCCUGUACAAGUUCCAGAACAAAGACAUUCCGAAGGACAUCCUCAAGGACAUCCUCCUCACGACGCAGCGCGCACCGAGCGGGUUCAAUCUCCAACCAUACGCAUGCAUGUUGGUGCAAGAUCCCACGGAUCGAAACGCGUUGAGUGCCGCUAUGCUCGGAGACAAUGUGCGCAAGGUGAAGGAAGCACCGCUCAUCGCCGUCUUUGCCGCCGACCUGGAACCGAGCAAGCGGGUGCCUGCAAUCCAAGAAAUGAUGGCCACAGCGGGCCAGUCGACCGCGGACAUUCAACAACUCCCCCUGAAGCUCCGUUUCUUUGGCGGCGAAGGCCACCUGGCAGGCGUCAUUCGCAGCGGCAUUUCGACGGCGCUCACGCCCUUUCAACCUGUCCCGACGUACGUGCCGACGAUAGCAUGGUCGUACAAGUCGACCAUGCUGGCCGUGAGUCAAUACAUUUUAGCGGCGGAAUCCCACGGCAUUGGGAGCUGCGUCAUGGAAGGAUUUGACGAGACGUGGGUGCGCCACGCGCUCGACAUACCCGAUCGGUACUCCGUGCCGGUUGUGGUUGCCUCUGGCUAUGCCGCCGCCGAAAACUCGCAGCCGCCAUCGCCGCGACUCGACCCAUCCCAAGUUUUUUUCGGGGCCAAGUUUGGGGCGCCCACCUCCAUCUUUGACGAAGAAUAACAGGGCGUUGUCGCGAGCGAAACAUCGUGUUGAGAUUGUUGCGCUUCGUCCUCAAAAACGUGCAAAGUUCGAUCCGUCAUAUUUAGAGGACAUGCCAUGAGUCCGAUAGAAUCCAUCGACAUCCCGGUGGUGGACGGAUGGUCCGCUUGACAACUUUUCGUGUGCCGAGCUCAUUUUUUCAUCCCUG